AAAAUCAUGGAAACUGACUCACAGACGCCCCUGGAGGUGGCAGCUCUCGGAAGACCCUUCCAGCUGGGGAUGCUGUAUGAUUGCCGUAAUGAUCGUCUCAUUCCAGGAAUUACCUUGUGGGAUCAUGAAGAUCUUCAAAAAAACACAAAUGAAAGAAUUCAGCACAAUACAGAAUUUGAUGUCAUUGCAUCUGAUUCUGCAGAGGAUAAGGCAUGGGCUCUGGAUGUUGAUGCUUCACUAAAAGUGAGUUUCGUAGGGGGACUGGUUGAAGUAGGUGGAUCUGCCAAGUAUCUUAAUGACACAAAGGCUUCAAAAAAACAGGCACGUGUUACCCUGAAGUAUAAAACAACUACAAAGUUCAUUGAGUUGUCUAUGAAACACCUUGGACGAGGAAAUGUUAAACAUCCAUAUGUGUUUGAGAAGGGAAUAGCGACACACGUGGUAACAGCAGUGCUGUACGGUGCUCAGGCAUUUUUUGUUUUUGAUCGAGAAGUUUCAGAAACCGAGGACCAGCAAAACAUUAAGGGGAACCUGCAAGUGAUGAUAAAGGGGUUACCAAAAUUGUCAAUCGAUGGGAAAGGUUCCUUAAAGCUGACAGACACUGACAAAACUACUGAGGAAAAGUUGUCUUGUAAAUUCUAUGGGGACUUUGCCCUGGAACAGAACCCUGUUUCCUACCAGGAUGCUGUAAAAAUAUACAGAACACUUCCAGGUCUGCUGGGUGAAAAGGGGGAAAACGCUGUGCCAGUCAGGGUGUGGUUACUCCCCCUGGAAAUCUUAGAUUCUUCUGCUGCCAGAUUAGUGUGUCAGAUCAGUGUCAGUUUAGUAAAUCAAACACAGAGUGUGAUAGAGGACUUCAAUGAAAUAGAAAUGCAAUGCAAUGAUAUUAAAACCAGAAAGGUCAUUAAAUACUUUCCUAAGAUUGACAAAAAGGUGAAAUUCUUCAAGGACAUGUGCUUGGAGUAUAAAUCAGUGUUUCAGAGUUCUCUGUCAAGAAUUUUACCAUCAAUUCGUGGAGGUGGAACAGAGGAAUGUGUGCUUGCAAACAUCCUAAAAAAUAAGGAACAGUCUCCUUUCAAUAGCAAUAAACUUAAGGAAUGGCUGGACUGCAAAGAGCAAGAAAUCAACCUGCUCCAAACAUACACUGAUAUGAUGGAAGACACAAAAAUCCUGGCAUCAAAGAGUGAGCUAGAAAGUGAAAUCUUGAAAAACAGAGAUAAGCAUGUAGUGUGUUUUGCAUUUACAUCACUGGGUGAAGAGGAGCCGUAUCUGCUCUGCUUACGGAGUCACUUAAAGGCUCUUUCAACUGCAAAGCUAACAGACCCAACAGAAGAAGAUAGGAAGGAUGUUCAGCUGUGUGAGUUUAAUCACUCAGAUGCCAUGUUAGAAAAAAUGAAAGAACAAGCAAUCCUCUUCAUGGAUUUUGUAAAGGCAAACAAGGAGAACAAGAAAACACACUUUAUAUCAGCAUCCAUACCUAACGAUAAGUACAAAGGGGCAAGUAUUUACCUUUACACAGAUGGGAUUGAAAAAAGUGACCAUUUUGAUCCUCCAUCAAAGCCAGAAAGACCAAAUCCAUCUGACGUCACUCAUGACAGUGUGAAAAUAAAGCUGAAUCAUCCCCAGUAUGGAUCCAGUGAAAUCACACACUACCUGGUUGAAUACUGUGCUAAUGAGUCAGAUGACUGGCAAUUUUUUGAGGUUUCCAAAUCUAACCUGGAAUGUACUGUGUCUGGACUGCUUCCCCACACAGGCUACAGGGUCAGAUACAAGGCAGUGUGUCCAGCAGGUGUCAGUCUAACCAGUGAAGCUGAGAGCAUUAAAACUUUGCCCACAAGUCCUCCUGGGAAGCCAGAAGAAACACAUGUAGACUUAGAGGAGAUUACAGUUAAUUGGACAAAACCUGAUAUAGUUGGAAAUGGGGUCAGCAUUGAAAAUUAUAUUGUUGAAUACAGAACUGAAACAAAUGGAAAUAAGGCAGACUGGAAAAAAAAGACUAGUAAAGGUGAAGUCUUUAAAAUUACUGGGUUACAGCCAGAUACAGCAUAUUAUAUUAGAAUUACAUGCAACUGUGGCGAAUUUGGUCAAAGCAAAGAAAGUCUGACAGUCUCAAUUUCAACUGUAGCUGAAAAUGUAAGCGCACAUAUCCCAGUGUCAGAUAUUCCUGAACUAAUAAAGAUCCUCAAACAAAACAAAGACGAAUUAGAAGGUCAAUGCAGAAGUUCCAGUGAACACCGUUCAUCUACAGUAAAAGCCACAUGCACUGUUACCAACUCACUGAACUCCUUGUGUCAAACCCUAAGUGACCAACAACAACAUGAAGCUGAACUCUUGGUUCUGUCCAGGAUUGAUGCUUUGGGAUACUGCUGUGAGAGCAAGACAUUUAAUCAUCUUCUGGAUUGGAAUGAAAUCAGCUUCUUGCAAAAUGAGAUAGAAAGAUCUUACACAGAAUAUUGCUCUCUGAAAGAGCAAAGCGCAUCAAAAGCUCAAGCCUACGUGUUUCUGAAAGUGCUGACUUCAUCCAAAGAUCAAGAAUAUAUUUCCUCUGAGAAAAAAGAAGCACGGUUAGAAUUAAUUAAAUCUCACCUGAAGGACAACAUUUUAAAUGCAAUUAAAUUACUGGUUGAAAAAUGUCAUGGUAACUGGGAACUCCUUGAAGAAGAGUUGAAUUCUUUUAUAAAGGAAUCGAACUUGAAAGAAGAAAAUAUAAAGAAAGAGGAUACAGCAUCACUGCUGGGUAGUUUACCAGGAAACCAAGUGUCUUUAUCUGAGGAAACAACCAAUUUUACAGAUAUACCACCUAGUGAAAUGGCAAUCGACAACUCUAUCAAUUUAUUUAAAAGACUUGGCCUCAGUGAUCGCUUUCCUAAAAAAAUUAAACUAAAUGAUAUUCUUGUUAUUGACAGUUUGUCUCUGUGCCUAAAUGAACCAGAUACAGUGGAAGAUCUAAAGAGUCAAUAUCUCUAUAAGCUCAUGAUUUUAGAUUACAAUGUCAGAUAUCUCUCUUUUAAACCAGUAGCAACUGGUUCACUUUUAGAAGAUAAUGGUACAAUGUUUGAUGAUUUUGAUUUUUUUAAUACAAAUGAGGAACCAACCAGAGAAGCAGAUCUGGCAGACACAGAGUCGCACAUCCAUCCCAUGGAUAUCCACAUGGCGAUCUUCCACUGUGCCAAUGACUUUAUGAGACAGUACAUGUACACAAAGCUCUCUGCCUGCCAGUUUGCACUACCUUUCUUAGUUCCCAAACCAUGUACAAAAGACCUGGAGUUCCCUCUUUGGCCUCUACGGCACAUCAAAAAAUCAUGGAAAAGUAUGACAAACUCGAGCGCAGACAACCCUGGAAAAUACCAAGCCAGACAAAUAUUUAGCACACCAGUGCCAGUUGUCUCUUUCUUAAGGUUGGGGAGCUCUUUGAUCUCCAAAUCUCAAAUUCUGAAUUCUGUCAUUAGCAAACAGAAACACAAUGUGUUUUUCAAUCGGCAUUGUAAAGGCAGCGCUCCAAGCAGCGUGCUUAUGAAUGGGGUUGUCGAGAUCGCCUGGUACUGUCCAGGAGGAAAGAAAGAUGACAUAUUUGAUGACUGUGUUGCGUUUCUAAACCUUCAUGGUGACGCAAAAGACCAUCAACAGCAACUUCAAUUUCUGCAGGCAGUAAGUACAGUGAAUGUGCUUCUACUGUCCGAACAGCCACAGGAUGAAGAAACAAAAACACUUUGUCAAAAUCUCUCUACGUCUCCAAUCCCAUUGAUCUGCCUAUUUUCUGGAAGUGAAAGAGUUCAGGGUUCAAAAAAUCCCCUCAAAGUGAGACUAGCUGCCAAGAACAGGAAUGAAGCAGAGUUAACAGAGGAACUCAUAACCAAUAUCAAGCAAUGCAUUGGAAAAUAUAACAAGAAACAGAGCAUUGAAGACUGUUUUAAUGAAGCAAGAAAACUAAAGUUCAAAGUUGACGAAGACAAGCAGUCAUUCAAAGAUGGACAUGAACUGGCGCAGACUUUAGUUUGUCUGUUGAAGAAAAAAUGCAUUUCAGAUAUAAAAAAGGAAUUUUUGCCUCUCCAUGGUGAACUGUGGCAUAAGUGGUGCUUGAAAAAUAAGCAGCAGUAUCGCCUGAGCUGCAAGACAAAUGCAACCAUUGAGCAACAAAAAAGUAUCAUUCUAAGUGACAUGGAAGCCACACGUAAAAAACAAUGGGAAAUAGCUUCGUCACACAAUGAUUUCAUGACAUCAUUCUUGGACUGUUUAACAUCAAAUGAUCAUUCAGAAGAUACAAAAUUCUACAUGCUGCAAUGGCUCAGAGUUUUACUUGAUGAGUUAUCGUCUGACCACCUUGCAGGACUUGAGGAGAAUUACCACUCAACUUGGUCCCAAAUGAAAAAUGUCCCCAAGACUAAGGAGAAAGCAGAAGAACUUGAAAUGCUCAGUAAACAGCUUAAUUCCAUAUCUGAAAAGAUGGCUGCGAGUACAAUUGGAUUACAGCACAUUAUGAGAGAGGUCGGUCAGAUGCAUGAAUGUUCUGUUAUACAGUCUGUUGGUGCUCUCCCUGCACUUGGAGCUGAAAUGCUAAUUUCAGGAUACCCACUAGAGCUGAUGGAUGGGGAUGAAUCACAUGUACCACUUAUUUGGGUACAAGCUGUCCUGCAGAGUCUCAUUGACAAGCUUGGCGACAAAAAGGUGUAUGUGCUGUCUAUCUUGGGACUCCAAAGCUCAGGUAAAUCAACCUUGCUGAAUACUAUGUUUGGCCUUCAGUUCACUGUAAGUGCAGGGAGGUGUACGCGUGGUGCUUUUAUGCAGAUGAUAAAGGUGGACGAGAAAAUCAGAGAGGAAUUGGGCUUUGAUUUUUUACUGGUUGUUGACACCGAAGGUCUUCGCUCUCCAGAGCUCAGCACUAAAACAUCACUGAAUCAUGAUAAUGAACUUGCCACGUUCAUCAUUGGAAUUGGUGACAUGACUGUCAUCAACUUCAUGGGAGAAAAUCCAUCGGAGAUGCAUGAGAUCCUACAGAUUUGUGUGCAGGCUUUCUUAAGGAUGAAACGAGUUGAAAUCAAACCAAGCUGCAUAUUUGUGCACCAGAAUGUAGCAGAAGCAUCAGCUGGUGAUAAAAACAUGGAGGGGAGGAGGCGCCUUCAGGAGAAGCUGGAUGAAAUGGCUCAGACUGCAGCAAAGGAGGAGGGCACUGGUGAAGUUUACAGCUUCAGUGAUGUAAUACAGUUUGAUUUGGAAUCUCAAGUGUUUUACUUUAAAAAUCUUCUGGAGGGGGAUCCACCUAUGGCUCCCCCAAAUCCAUCCUACAGCCAAAAUGUUCAGGACCUGAAAUCUAAGCUGCUUUCAGUGGCAAAGUGGCAGACAGGUUUUCGAUUUCCAUCAUUGUCAGAAUUCAGCGUGAGAGUUAAAGACCUCUGGAAUGCACUUUUGCAGGAAAAUUUUGUUUUCAGCUUCAGAAAUACAUUAGAAAUUAUGCUAUACAGCAGCUUGGAAGAGAAGUAUGCUCAGUGGUCAUGGAAGUUAAGGAAAUAUUCAUUGGAAACACAGACCAAGUUGGAAAAUCAAAUUGGGAGCAACAACAUUUCAGAUGUCAAUACCACAGAUCUGAUUUCUGCCUUUGAUGAUGUUUAUACUGGAUUGAAAGAGGCGAUUGAGGCACAUUUCAAAGACGACAAACAUGCUGAAGUCCUUAUUAAAUGGAAAGGGAAUGUUGAAAACCGGCUUGAGAGCCUGAAGAAUGAGCUCAUUGAAAAAACCCUAAAACAAUGCAAAAUGUUAAUUGAAAAUAAGAGAAGUAUUACAGACCUGGAGCAGAAAAAAUCACAUUAUGAAAAAAAUCUAAUGCAAAAAAGCAAAACCAUGGCAACUUCUCUAAAGGACAAGAGGCUCACUGACAAUGAAGUGGAAAAAGAAUUCAGUUCACUCUGGGUUGAGUGGGUAGCUGAAAUAGCAAAAGAUCAGCUGCCUGAUGAGCCAGUCAACAUAAAAGCUAUAGUACAGGCGAUUCUGUACUCUCACUUCCAAAAGCAGGCAGACAUCAUGAACAAGAUUAAAACGAUAUCUGAAAAUGGAACAUUUGAAUUUACAAAGAAAAAACAUAUCAACCAAUCGUACUUGGCAGCAAAAUGGGAAAGUUUUAAAGAAAAAAUUGGAAUGGGGUAUCUCCAGGAGCUUGCUGGAAAACUACACCGAAGCGUGAACCACAUGGUUGAUGAAUACAUUAGGAAAAAAGAAUUGGAAAAGACAGAUUUCAAUCAAAAUUUCAUAUUUGAAAUACUAGAUGAGAUUGAAAGACAUAUUCAGGAAUGCGAGCGCAAUGAACAUGUGAAAUUCACAUAUGAAUACAGGGUUGACUUGUCAGUUUUUGUUUGCCUCGGUUCUGUCAAGAGGUUUAAAAAAAUGCACGAGUCAUUCAAGAAAGCCAACAAUCCGAUAACCUACCUGCAAAGUAAAAGGGAACAGUACUCUGAAAUGUUCCUAAACUAUUGCAAAGAAGCCAACUCAGUGACAAUUUUUGCUGAAUUUUUAUUCAAAAACAUUCUGCCUGCAGUUGAAGAGGCAAUUUACAAUGAAAUCAAGUUGCAAAUCAUUGAUUUUAUGACAUUCAACAACCCGGCAUUCAGUGGCAACAGAUGCAACCUUGAAAAUCAUAUACUGAGAAAUCUUGCAAUUCAGAAGAAUUUUGAUUUCUACAACGAAUACAUUCACAACCCAAAAUGGUAUUUUAAAAGGUUUAUUGAUGAACAUGUGGAAACAUUUUGCGAAGACUACAAAAAACUAAAGGAGAUGUUUCAUGGAAAUCUAGAAAAAAUAAAAUUACACAUUUUACACACCAGCACAGAGGUAUCUGAGGAAGUGAACCUGAAGAAGGGCAAUGCAUCCAUGUGGCUCAAUCAUUUCUGUGCAAAACUUGGGGACCACAUGGUCAUAAAGAGGGAGAGUCUGACAAGCAUUCAAGAUGAAGACAUUAGUGACACAAAGUUUCUGAAAGAGAUGAUGGCCAAGUAUCUUGAAGAGGUGGUUAAAAGUGAAAAUAUGAAAAGUGUUGAUGCAUCUUCCCAGCAUUUAUGCCUCUUAAAGCAGAAAAUAACAGAGAUUCUUUUUAAACAGCUUGAAGGAUGUUGGGCUCAGUGCCCUUUCUGCAAAGCCAUCUGCACAAAUACUAUAGUUAACCACAGUGGUGACCACAGGGUUCAGUUUCACCGGUCCUGUGCGAUGGGUCACUGGCAUUAUCGUGAAACAGAUGAAUUUACAAACACUUUUUGCACAACCGAUGUAAGCAGUAAUGGUUCAUUCAUAAUCCAUCCAGAUUUAAAAAGGAUCCCCUAUAAGUCCUACAGAGAUGCUGGUGACCCUUAUGAUAAGUGGAGCAUCACCGCAGAUGGGAGCACACAGGGUUACUGGAAAUGGUUUAUUUGCAGGUUUCAGAAGGAUUGGGAGGAUAGAUGUGGAUACAAAUUUAAAGGCAGAGGCGCGAUUCCUGACAGCUGGAGAGAAAUCACAGAGGAAUCAGUGCUGAAGGAAUUAAACAUAAGAGACUAAAACUACUGCAAUGAUGCAUAUGCAAGGGAAAUCUGACAAGGAAAUGUGUAGCAUUUUAGUUAUAGACAGCAUGUGGUAAAGAAACUUAAACAAAAGUCUAUGGACAAGAGCAAACCUUACUUUGAUUUAAUGUUAAUUUUGAAUUUAGGUUGUGUGCCUGUCUUUUUUAAAGAUACGUAUCUUUAAAUCUAAUUAUCAUUAAAAAUCUGAAUGUAGUUAUUAUAGUUUUAGUUAUCUACAUUUUUUGAUAAAUUAGCUUCUAUUUUCUUUUAAUUUUUGUGCCAAGGGCAAACAUCCUAAUUACUGCUCUCAUUGUAUUUAAUCCUUAAUUACAUUGAUCUUUAAUAGUUAAUCACAUAUAUUACUGCUCACUGCUUUACAUCCUGUGUAGCUCCUAUUAUGUCUGUAUGAUCCAUCUGCAUUUGCAGUGAAAUUUAAUAUAGAUGCAAGUUGUAUUAAUAUUGCUGUUAUGGAAAAACCUGUAGUCUAAUAAAAGUAUCUCUAUUAGUGUCUUGCCCAUA